CCCAAUCGGAGACUUCGAGUCGACGCCGGCGAACAAACGUUUCAAUUCGGAAUAAAAAUUGGGGAUUUCAAAAGCUCCCACUGAGGAUCCCAUCUUCGCCCCUCCUCCGGCCAUUGACAUGGCCACUUCCACGAGACACCAGACGGCGAAGAUGAAGGUCCCGCUCCUUCCUCUCCUCUCUCUCGUCUGCUUUGCUCCAAUCUUCUUCCUCCUCCUCUCCCUUCCCCGAAGGGCUCCAGUCUCCCCGGGAUCCUAUUCUCAGAUCAAGCCCGGACUCAGAUCCGGCCUGAACCGACGAUCCGGGUCAUGCGAUUACACCGACGGGUCGUGGGUCUAUGACCCGGAUCACAGCUCGGCGAAGUACGAUAGCACCUGCAAGGAGAUAUUCAAAGGCUGGAACUGCAUUGCCGGUGGGAAACCGAAUGCGGCGGACAUCCUCAGGUGGCGGUGGCAGCCGAAGGGAUGUGAUCUUCCCCCGUUUGAUCCGUUGGCUUUCCUGGAAACUUAUAGAGACACUAAAAUAGGAUUCGUUGGUGACUCCUUGAACAGGAAUAUGUUUGUGUCCCUGUUCUGUGCACUGAGACGGGUGUCAAGUGACGUGAAGAAGUGGCGACCGGCUGGUGCUGAUCGUGGGUUUACUUUUCUUCAGUAUAACCUUACGAUAGCAUACCAUCGCACGAAUCUGUUGUCGAGAUAUGGUAGUUGGUUAGCUGAUCCAAAAGGCGGGAAGCUGGAGUCUCUCGGUUAUAAAGAGGGUUACAGGGUUGAUGUUGACAUCCCAGACGGCACUUGGGCCAGUGCUCCAAGCUUCCAUGAUAUUCUGAUCUUCAACACUGGGCACUGGUGGUGGGCGCCUUCUAAGUUCGACCCUGUGAAGUCACCCAUGCUCUUCUAUGAAAAGGGGUUACCAAUCAUCCCUCCCAUACCUCCCGCUGUCGGCCUUGACAUUGUUUUGAAGCACAUGAUGCAUUUUGUUGAAGAGAAGAUGCGUCCAGGCGGGAUCAAGUUCUUCCGGACCCAAUCACCUAGGCAUUUUGAAGGAGGCGACUGGAACGAAGGUGGUUCUUGUCUGCGACAACUGCCAUUGUCGUCUGACCAGGUCGAAGAACUCUUUGCAGUGAGCAACAACGGUACGAAUGUAGAGUCGCGGCUGGUGAAUCGGCACCUACUCCGAGCAAUCAGCGGGUCGAGUUUUCACGUUCUAGACAUAACUCACAUGAGUGAAUUCAGAGCAGACGCUCACCCGGCCAGCGCCGGCGGAAAGAAGCACGAUGACUGCAUGCACUGGUGCUUGCCUGGAGUCACGGAUACAUGGAUCGACUUGUUCAUUUCACGUUUGAACGACAUUAAUUAUAGAGAUCAGCAAAGCUUUUGAAACACCUUACAAUUGGGAUAAUUGAUAGAAUUGCCUAGCAAAAAAAUUCAUACGAAAGUACAGUUGUAUAAAUGAUUUUGCAUACUAAUUUUCAAAUUUAUACAAAUUCGUAAUGAAAUUAGGUGCACCACAUCUUUUUAACCGGGUAAACCUUUUUUUUUUUUUUUUUGUUAAGUAAAAAGACGAGGAAUAAAAUGGUGAUUCUACAAAAGAUGAUACAAAAGCUUCUCUGAAUUUUUUACCUAGAUAUGAGGAAAUUGGAUUGAUGAGUUUUUGUAACCACUAAAUAAAUCUUCUUUCGUGAUAAAAUAAGGUGGAUAUAUAGUGAAAUCAAAUCAUGCAUCUUUCAUUAUGCAUAAUAUGACAUGAAAUUAUGGAUUAGAUAAUAAGAUGAAUACAUGCAAACAAACCGAGAGAAGUGAGUGACGAAUUCAGUCAAUCAAGCGUGCGCCCAAUUUAAUGUUUGACUUGGUUUACGUCGAUGUCAAACCAAUACUCAUUGAUUUGUCAUUAAUUUAAUGCUCCUUCCAUGACCUUCAACAAUAAAAAUUAGAGAAAGGCUAAUAGAGAAUAUCAAACAUAUUUGUCACAUGUUGAUACAAUUUUUUUUUAUGAGAAAUGUUGAUACAAAUUUCAAGUUCAUAAAUUAAGCAAAUGAUAUAAAACUCAUUUCGAAAUUUUUACUAACAAAUCAAAUUAUUGAGAUCAAACUGUAAUGGUAUUCCAUUAAAAAAAAGCAUUUGAUGAUGGUCUAGUAUUUCAAGCAUGACAACACGUCAACACCUGAUAUUACAAAAUCGUAUAUAAAUUAUGCACAUGGUAUAUGGAUCAUUACAUUGGAAAAAUCAAAUAUGAUGAUCCCCACGACGCCCAUAUGCAAAUCAUGCAACUUUUCACUCAUCCCUACAAUAUUAUAUUGGUCAUUUUCCGGGUUGUUAAUUGGUGGGUGUCACAUUUUGAAAUGUCACUUUUGCUCUAAUAACACUUGCUGGUGCUAUUUGACCUUUCCAUCAAAAAAAGCUAGCAUUUACGGAGUACUUAACCAUGACUUUUCGCAACACUUUGCAUAGCAACACUCACCCUUCAACAACUAAUGUAGUGAUGUAGCCAAUGAUGGAGAUGCCGACAUGGACUAAUAUGAGGUAACAUGCAUGGUGCAACUAGGGCUGUCAAUUUGAUUUUGGUUUUUCGGUUUUAACCGAAACCAAACCGUUAAAAGGUUAACGGUGUUCGUUUUUUUGGUUUUAAACCAUUUAGCAUUAAUGGUUUUGGUUUCGGUUAAAACUAAAAAACCCAAUAAACCGAUAAGGACCCCAGUUUUCUUGAAUGACCCCUGAUUUCUUUGAAGUCAACCAUGUUUUUGAUUUAUCGAAACCAUUAAGGAGCUUAUCGAUUUAUGGUUAUCCAAAAACCGAUAAGCCUCUUAAUGGUUUUGAUUUUGGUUUUUCUGAAUAUGCCUAAUUUGGUUUUUGGAUUUCAUGCUAAUGGUUUGGGUUGGUUUUGGUAAUCCAAAUUGACAGCCUUGGGUGCAACCGACACACCUUCGUUCUGAAAAACGAAUCAGAUAGAAAUUCGGGGUAUGAUUCCGGAGCGUAACCUGAAUUUUACUGAAUGUGAGUCUGGAACUCGGCCUAUGUCUCUAGACGAAUGAGUGACACACUGACACGUGAGAAUUUUUCUGUCGGAUUUUGGUUUGAGAUAGAUGAAUUAGACAAUGAAUUAGAGAUUGAGAAUUUGGAACACUGUUAAAGAUAGGUUAUUGCAAUAUGUUUAUGUGAAAUUGUGUUUUUGUCUAUAUUAUACAAAAUGUAAAUACGGAUCAAAAGAUUCCUUGUAACCUAUAGGUAAACAUUUGAAAUCCUAUAUCUAGUGAUAUCGGGUCCAAUUUUCGUGAGACAAUUUGCAACUACACAACCCACCCAAUUUCAAGCGACCCCUUCCUUAUUGUGAUUAGUGGCAAAUCAAUUGAAAGAGCACAC